CCCGUCCCCACAUUCGGCCGGGAGUCAUACCGUAGCCAUUCGGUAUGGCUGCGGUAGUCAGGAACCCGGCGUUGGGUCGGAGUGGUCACAUCGCAAAUGCCGGCUCCCUCGCCCGUCGACGAGACUCUGCCCCUUUUCUUUCGUCACCUUCUUCCGAAUGCGGUUCGUUUUGCCGAUAAUCUGGGGAAGCGGGCUAAUGCAGCUGCGUCGAAAACGGGCGCGGAUUGGCCCAGGCGAUAGCUCGGCAUUUCGGUGUCUGGGCGCACUGGGCGCUUCCGCUAACUCAACCGACUUGAUGCCAUCCUUGAAUCAGUCGAAGAUGGGAGAAUCGAUCGAAGCUUGGGGCUUACCCCUCACAGCGAGGGUGUGAGGGUGUGAUGGAGAUGCAACCUACCCCUCACAGUCAUCGCCGUGCUUGCGUGCUCGCCAGCAUUUAUAUCUUCGAGGUGCUUAAAUAAGGUCCGUCCCAACUUCCUCCUCUCAAUUCUCACAAUGGCCACUAUCCGAUCCACAAUCUCCAAGCACAAAUCCACCGCUCUCCUCCUUGCCUCAAUCAUCCCGGCUGCUCUCGCCUUAGCUCGGUUCCAACAACAACGAAACGCUCAGAAAAUGGCCGUCUCUCUCCACCCUUCCAUCGACGGCGGCAUCACCAAGGGAAGCUCCAGCUUCUCUGGCGGAAAGCUUCGAUGCCUCUGCAAGAGCAACCCCGUUGAGGUCACCCUUGGCGGCAACGUCCUCCACAACCACGCCUGCGGCUGCUCCAAGUGCUGGAAGCCCGAGGGUGCCGUCUUCGCCGUCAUCGCCGUCAUCCCCAAGGACCAGGUCACGGUGACGGCAAACGGCGACAAGCUUCACAUCAUCGACGAGAGCGCCGUCAUCCAGCGCCAUGCCUGCUCUACAUGCGGUGCUCACCUGUUCGGCCGCAUCGAGAAGGACCACGCCUUCAAGGGCCUCGAUUUCGUGCACGUUGAGCUGUCGGACGAGAAGGGAUGGCAAGAGCCUCAGUUCGCUGCCUUCGUCUCAUCUAUCAUUGAGCAGGGCUACGACGCAUCCAAGAUGGACGCUGUCCGUGCUCAGUUCAAGUCUCUGGGCCUCGAGACCUACGAUGCCCUUUCUCCCCCUCUGAUGGAUGCCAUCGCUGGCUGGACCGCGCAGAGCCGUUUGUAAUGACUGACAUGUCAUAAUAUUAUGUGAAAUAGAGUUUGGCGUACCUAAAUUGAUGUAGUUUUAGGAUAUUAAAAAGCAGUUGUUCUCAA